UGGAGGCAUUUUGAAGAGUCCGAUUUUUCUGAGAAGAACCAUCAGUGGCUCGUCAUGGACCCCUCAUUACAAGAAGCACAAGGCUUGCGAAUUGCCGUGGAAGGAUGCGGCCACGGCACACUAGAUGCAAUAUACUCCUCGGUGCAGAAGGCUUGUGAGGUUCGCGGCUGGGAUGGAGUGGAUUUACUGAUUAUCGGUGGUGACUUUCAGGCAGUUCGAAAUGCUUCCGACCUGACUGUAAUGUCUUGCCCUGUCAAAUACCGAGCCAUCGGCGACUUUCACUCCUACUACAGUGGUAUUAAGAAAGCGCCGUACCUUACAAUAUUCGUUGGAGGAAAUCACGAGGCGAGCAAUCAUCUUUGGGAGCUCUACUAUGGAGGAUGGGUUGCACCAAAUAUCUACUAUAUGGGAGCCGCGAACGUGAUCCGACUGGGUGGAUUACGAAUAGCUGGUAUGUCUGGAAUCUGGAAGGGAUACAAUUUCAAGAAGCCCCACUACGAGCGUCUACCAUACAGCCAGGACGAUGUAAAGUCCAUCUAUCAUGUUCGAGAGAUAGAUACUAGGAAAUUGCUCCAGUUGCGAACACAGGUCGACAUUGGGAUCAGCCACGAUUGGCCGAGAGCAAUUGAGAAAGACGGGAAUGAGAGAGCUUUAUUUCGUAUGAAGCCAGACUUUGAGCAAGAAUCUAGGGAUGGCACACUGGGAAAUCUCGCGGCAACAUAUGUUAUGGAUCGCCUUCGACCACCAUAUUGGUUUUCUGCUCAUAUGCAUUGCAAGUUCUCAGCGGUGAAGACCUAUGACGAAGUACCCGAAUUACAGGACGUUCCUAUACAUGCUCCUACCGCAUCAACAAACGAUAAUGUCGUUCCUGUUAACGCUGAUACUGCAGCAAUUGCCCAUAAUGCUGAUGAGAUCGACCUUGAUAUGGACGAUGACAGCGAUGCUCCAACAACACAGCAUACGGCAAAGAACGGGGUACCAUCCAUUGAAAACAAAAACAAAGAUGAGAUCAGCCUGGAUGACGGGGGUGUUAAGAUCACGCCUCCACCAGCUACCUCUUCGGUACCUUCUGAUCUUCGCAACCAACUGCCGGCGGCAUUUUCGCGCCCUGUAUCUCGAAAACAGCAACAGCCCGGUCAGCCGCCACCUCCCGAUAUCAAGAAUAAGGUCGUACGAUUCUUGGCCUUGGACAAGUGUCUGCCUGGUCGUAAAUUUCUCCAGCUCCUCGAGGUGCAAGCCCUUGCCAACCACAACGCGCCAACGGUUUCCCGUUCACCAUCCUCACAUCUUCCAGCGAAGCCCAAGUUUGAAUACGAUCCCGAAUGGCUUGCCAUAACCAGAGUUUUCGCUUCUGAUCUUGUCCUUGGAGACAAAAAUGCCAGAUUACCGGAAGAUCUUGGAGAGGAACACUACCGUGCCCUUAUUGAGAAAGAAGAGGAAUGGGUUAAUGAGCAUAUCGUGAAGGAAGGAAAAUUGGAGAUCCCAGAGAACUUUGAAAUCACAGCCCCGCCAUUCUAUACUGGGAUGCCAGAAAUCAUAAAUGAGGGGCCGAGGGAAUACAACAAUCCCCAGAUGCAACAGUUUUGUGAUCUAGUUGGGAUCGAGAAUAAGUUCUUCGCCACAGAUGCAGAGAGAGAAGAUAGGAUGAAAAAUGGACCAGCCCCAGCCCAGGAAAGGGUGUUUGGUGGAAGAGGCAGAGGGCGUGGCGGCGGCAGGGGGGGACGUGGGAGAGGCAGGGGGCGAGGCCGAGGUGGAAGUUGGUAAUGAGAACGGACAGUGUUGCUUUUCCAAUGAUACCCCACACUUUUAUGUUUUGAAAAUGGGUAAAACAAGUGCACUUACUUCGAGAACAGCUGACUAACAUCAGUCAUGUAGGCCUGAGUCGCCGGGAAUGUCACAGCGGCCAUUGUUGAUGUUUCUCGGGACGGUUCAAGGCCUUGGAAGACUUGGCGAUUCCCGCGGGGCAACAGCGAACCCUACGGAGAAGAACAAGUGGCACGAAGCUGCGAUGCAACGAUAGGAUAACAAAUCCUUGGACCUUCCAAGAGUUCUUGAUGCUUGGGUAGAUCUCCCGGCACCUGUCCUGCAUUGGAGGUGUGACUGUGAGGGACAAAGGCGGGGAGAAAGGUUGC